UGAACAGUCGUCACUUCCGGUUCUCGUUGCACGAGCAGUCGGUGUCUUCCAAUGAUCACUCUAUUGCGGCAUUGCCUUGUCAGUUAGUUGAAUAUUACAAUCGAGGUAUAGACACGUUUAAUGCCUUACUGGCUUUUAAUGAAUGUGACACGAAGGAGCCGAAAUGGAUGGUGAAGCACGCGGACUGUAACUUUAGCGGUCUUGAUUUCUGCAAAACUCAUGUCAUUCGGAACAGCGACAACCACGACAUUCAAAACGGUAACUGUUGGGCAACAUUCACUGAUGGACAUGGAGUCUGCAGUAUGUCCCUCGUCCAAUCAGAACGGCUGCAUCCUGAACCCACUUCCUGUCUCCGAGAUCAAACAGGAACAGGAAGUAGCUCCACCCCCCUGUCUGAGGGUGCACCUGUACCACCUGGGCCAGGGCGGAGCCAACAGCCAAGACCUCACCUACCCGGCAGGGGACUAUGUGGCUGAGGAGCUGUGCAUCGACGCGGCCAAGGCAUGCGGCCUUUCACCGUUGUAUUGCAGCCUGUUUGGCCUGAUGAGGGAGAGCGACCGCAUGUGGUUCCCACCCAAUCACAUCCUCAAACUCGACCAAUCAGCAAAUGACAGUCUCCUCUUCAGAGUGAGGUACUACUUCCCUGGCUGGUAUGGAGACUCCUGUUCCCACCGCUAUGGGGUCAACAAGGGAAUGGACAGCCCGGUGUUAGACGAUACCGUCAUGUCCUACCUCUUCGCUCAGUGGCGUAGUGACUUUGUGCAUAGCUGGGUGAUUAUCCCAGUGAACCAUGAGGCCCAGGAGGAGUGUCUUGGCAUGGCUGUGUUGGACAUGAUGAGGAUGGCUCAGGAGAGUAGCCAGUCCCCUGUGGACAUCUAUAACGACACCAGCUAUAAGUCGUUCCUGCCCAAGAAUAUGCGUGCCCAUAUCCAAGAGUACCACUUUGUGACCCGGAAGAGGAUCCGCCAUCGCUUCAGGAAGUUCAUCCAUCAGUUCAGCCAGUGUAAAGCCACGGCUCGUGACCUCAAGCUCAAAUACCUGGUGAACCUGGAGACGCUGCACCCAGCCUUCUACUCGGAGUGCUUCCGUGUCACUGAGUCCUUGGAAGGAGAGGUCACCAUCGUCGUCACAGGAAACAACGGCAUCCAGUGGUCCCGGGAGGAGGAUAAGGAGGCAAACAAGGGUAUCCAGACGUACUGUGAUUUCCCUGAAGUUAUUGACAUCAGCAUCAAACAAGCCAACAAGGAUGGCUCUAUCGAGAGUCGCAUCGUCACCAUCAACAGACAGGACAGUCAGACUCUGGAGCUGGAGUUCCGUUCCCUGUCGGAGGCUCUGUCCUUUGUGUCUUUGGUGGAUGGCUACUACCGGCUCAUAGCAGACGCUCACCACUUCCUGUGUAAAGAGGUGGCGCCCCCAAGGCUGCUGGAGGCCAUUCAGAAUUACUGCCAUGGUCCAGUCUCGAUGGACUUUGCUAUCAGUAAGCUGCGGCGGUCUGGGAAUCACAAGGGUCUGUACAUCCUCCGUAGCAGCCCUAAGGACUACAACAAAUACUUCCUGUCUUUUGUAGUGGGCUGUGACAGCCUAGUUGAGUACAAGCACUGCCAGAUAGUGAAGACAGACCAGGGAGACUACGUCCUCUCUGGGGCCAAGAAGAUGUUUGGUUCUCUGAGGGAGCUGCUCCACCGCUACCAGAAAGAAGCUCUGCGCUCUGACGGACACAUCUUCCAGUUCACCAAGUGCUGCCCGCCUAAAGCUAAAGACAAGUCUAACCUGUUGGUGUGCCGCAGUAACCAGGGUGCUGAGGUCCCCCCGUCCCCAUCUCUGCACAGACACAACAUCAGCCAGAUGGUCUUUCACAAGAUACGCAAGGAGGAUCUUGUCAUCAAAGACAGUCUGGGUCAGGGGACGUUUACGAAGAUCUUCUGUGGCGUGAGGAAGGAGCUGGGAGACUACGGAGAGAUUCACCAGAUGGAUGUCAUUGUUAAGAUCCUGGAUAAGGCUCACCGAAACUACUCCGAGUCGUUCUUUGAAGCCGCCAGUAUGAUGAGCCAGCUAUCCCAUAAGCACCUGCUCCUCACCUAUGGCGUGUGUGUCUGCGGAGAGGAGAACAUGAUGGUGCAGGAGUAUGGGAAGCUUGGCUCUCUGGAUACAUACCUAAAGAAGAGCUCUGUGAACAUCACCUGGAAGCUAGAGGUGGCCAAGCAGCUGGCCUGGGCUAUGCAUUACCUGGAGGAUAAGAACCUGGUGCAUGGGAAUGUAUGUGCCAAGAAUGUCCUGUUGAUCCGAGAGGAGGACAGGAAGACUGGGAACCCCCCCUUCAUCAAACUGAGUGACCCUGGAAUCAGCAUCACUGUGCUGCCCAAAGAUGUCCUUGUGGAGCGCAUCCCCUGGAUACCUCCAGAGUGUUUAGAGGAGGACAGACAUCUGACUCUGGCUACAGAUAAGUGGGCCUUCGGCACCACUCUGUGGGAGAUCUGUAGUGGAGGAGACAGACCACUCGGCACACUGGACUCCUCCAAGAAACGACUGUUCUAUGAGGACCACCACCAGCUGCCUGCGCCGAAGUGGACAGAGCUGGCCAACCUGAUCAACAGCUGUAUGGACUAUGAGCCGUCCAACAGACCCUCCUUCAGAGCCGUCAUCAGAGACCUCAACAGCCUGUUCACUCCUGACUAUGAGUUGCUGGUGGAGAGUGACAUGGUGCCCAACAGGACCAGAGGGUUUGGGUUCCCAGGGGCCUUUGAGAACCAAAACCCUGCUCAGUUUGAAGAGAGACAUCUCAUCUUCCUCAAGCAGCUGGGCAAGGGUAACUUUGGCAGUGUGGAGAUGUGUCGGUAUGACCCUCUGCAGGAUAACACGGGGGAGGUUGUGGCAGUCAAGAAGCUGCAGCACAGCACAGCAGAACACCUCCGAGACUUUGAACGGGAGAUAGAGAUCCUCAAGUCUCUUCAGCAUGAAAACAUCGUCAAGUACAAGGGAGUGUGUUACAGCGCUGGCCGGAGGAAUCUGCGUCUCAUCAUGGAGUACCUCCCCUACGGCAGUCUGAGGGACUACCUCAUCAAAAACAAGGACCGCUUUGACUACAAGAAGCUCCUGCACUACGCCUCACAGAUCUGCAAGGGCAUGGACUACCUGGCGACCAAACGCUACAUCCACCGCGACUUGGCCACGCGUAACAUCCUGGUAGAGAGUGAGCUGAGGGUGAAGAUAGGAGACUUUGGCCUUACCAAGGUCCUGCCUCAGGACAAGGACUACUACACUGUCAGAGAGCCGGGCGAGAGCCCCAUCUUCUGGUAUGCCCCGGAGUCUCUGACAGAGAGUAAGUUUUCAGUGGGCUCUGACGUGUGGAGCUUUGGAGUGGUCCUCUAUGAGCUGUUCAGUGACAAGAACUGCAGUCCUCCGGCAGCGUUCAUGGAUAAGAUGGGCCGUGACAAGCAGGGUCAGAUGAUAGUAUAUCACCUCAUAGAUCUCCUGAAGAGAGGAUACAGACUGCCUGCUCCCCAGGGAUGUCCUGAGGAGAUCCAGCACAUGAUGACCGAGUGCUGGAACAAUGACCCAGCCCUGCGGCCCACUUUCAAGAAGUUAGCCCAGACCGUGGACUUGUUCCGGGACAGUAAGGAGGGCUGAGGAACCCUUCCUGGAGGUCUCUGCUGGAUGGGACCUGGCCCAGCCCACACCGAUCACCUGGGUUGUAUUCAUUAGGCACCAAACGGACUGAAAGGGAUUACCUGGACUUGUCCAAUAAGAAACGCUCGGUUUCCUUUUCUGUUGCAAAGCGUUUUGCUACGGUGUGCCCUAAUGAAAACAUCCCUGACGACGCCUCAACUCUAAAAGACGACGACAAUGAAGUCGCCUGACCCAACCGUCUUCUGGAGCAUUACCAAUGGCAUUUUGGGACAAAGUCUCAAAAACUGUCUACUUUGUGUUCAAACCUACCCACUUUUUCAGGGAUUCUGCGGAUCUCUGAAAUUACCAUAUGCUGUUACUUUGUUGCCAUAAUUUCUCCAUUUGGAGAUGUUUUCACUGUUUGACUUCUGUCAGGGUCUCAGACUCUCUCCAGCACAGAACACCCAGCUGUUGAUGAUGUGUUAACAGAGACACAGAACACCCAGCUGUUGAUGAUGUGUUAACAGCAACACAGAACACCCAGCUGUUGAUGAUGUGUUAACAGAGACACAGAACACCCAGCUGUUGAUGAUGUGUUAACAGAGACACAGAACACCCAGCUGUUGAUGAUGUGUUAACGGCAACACAGAACACCCAGCUGUUGAUGAUGUGUUAACGGCAACACAGAACACCCAGCUGUUGAUGAUGUGUUAACGGCAACACAGAACACCCAGCUGUUGAUGAUGUGUUAACGGCAACACAGAACACCCAGCUGUUGAUGAUGUGUUGACGGCAACACAGAACACCCAGCUGUUGAUGAUGUGUUAACGGCAACACAGAACACCCAGCUGUUGAUGAUGUGUUAACAGCAACACAGAACACCCAGCUGUUGAUGAUGUGUUAACGGCAACACAGAACACCCAGCUGUUGAUGAUGUGUUAACAGAGACACAGAACACCCAGCUGUUGAUGAUGUGUUAACGGCAACACAGAACACCCAGCUGUUGAUGAUGUGUUAACGGCAACACAGAACACCCAGCUGUUGAUGAUGUGUUAACGGCAACACAGAACACCCAGCUGUUGAUGAUGUGUUAACGGCAACACAGAACACCCAGCUGUUGAUGAUGUGUUGACGGCAACACAGAACACCCAGCUGUUGAUGAUGUGUUAACGGCAACACAGAACACCCAGCUGUUGAUGAUGUGUUAACAGCAACACAGAACACCCAGCUGUUGAUGAUGUGUUAACGGCAACACAGAACACCCAGCUGUUGAUGAUGUGUUGACGGCAACACAGAACACCCAGCUGUUGAUGAUGUGUUAACAGCGACACAGAACACCCAGCUGUUGAUGAUGUGUUAACAGCGACACAGAACACCCAGCUGUUGAUGAUGUGUUAACAGCAACACAGAACACCCAGCUGUUGAUGAUGUGUUAACGGCAACACAGAAGGCACGUGAGAGAAAGCAACACAGAAGAUGUACUGUACAGUUAGUAAAGGAUGUUCAACUGCCUUCUUCCUUUAACUCAAGUGGAUUAUGUCAAACCACAUUUCUCUUUUUCACCUAAGGGAAGAACUAAUAAAGCAAUACUGCUUUUAGAGACACAAAGAUGUGGGAGAAAAGGGUGAUGAAAAAACAAUGAAAGGAGAUGUCUGACAAAGGGUGCAACCUUUAUUUAAUUUUUCUCUAAGCUCCCACCUACUUAUCGUCGUACCCUGAAAUCUUGGGCUAUUGCAAAGUAACAUGCAAAAGGAAUUGUUGACUUAUGUGCUUCCCCUUUUUAUAAUAUUCCGUAACUUGACGAGUCUAGGAUGCUGUGCACUGCCAGUUGGAAAAUAAUAUCUUCAUUAUAGUGUUGCUACAUAGCAAUAUUUGGAAUGAGACUGACUAAAUGGUGUAGGUGAAAGCAUCAACAGACUAAAUGGUGUAGGUGAAAGCAUCAACAGACUAAAUGGUGUAGGUGAAAGCAUCAACAGACUAAAUGGUGUAGGUGAAAGCAUCAACAGACUAAAUGGUGUAGGUGAAAGCAUCAACAGACUAAAUGGUGUAGGUGAAAGCAUCAACAGACUAAAUGGUGUAGGUGAAAGCAUCAACAGACUAAAUGGUGUAGGUGAAAGCAUCAACAGACUAAAUGGUGUAGGUGAAAGCAUCAACAGACUAAAUGGUGUAGGUGAAAGCAUCAACAGACGAGAAGUGCAGAGACGAGGUGGAAUUUCAGUUCAUGGACAGUUUAAGUAAGUAUGCAGGUAGCCUAGCGGUUAGAGUAAACGGUCUCUGGUUCGAAUAUCCAAGCCGACAAGGUGAAAAAUCUGUCCAUGUGCACAUGAGCCAAGUACUUAAUUUACUCCAGGGGUGUUGUACUACUGUGGUUGACCCUGUAAAACAGCACAUUUCACUACACCUAUCUGGUGUGUGACAAAACACAGUGCCCCCCGUGACAAAACACAUAGUACCCCCCUGUGACCUGUCCAUAGAGAUGCAAUGUAAUGCUGUCUUUAAUUCUGUCAGAGUGACUCUAUGAUCUGUAACUGUAAAGCAGCAACGUGGGCUGACAGGCUUUGUUUGUCCCACUACUCUAUUGUAAUAAUGGAGUUUAAUCCAGCGAUCAUCAACUAGAUCCAGAAGCAGGACGAUAUGGUUUUUUUCUUGAGCGGAUGGUCAGAGGGUUGGAACAUAAUUACAAAUAAUUUGUGAACAGCAAAUUGACCGCAAGAAGCACAAACAGAUGAUUGUCUAAAACAUAAUCAUUUCAAACAUUUUUUAUAUUUGUAUACGAUCACAUUGUGUCUCUAUUAUGUAUGGGAAUACUUGGGAACAGAUUUCUUACAUAAAAAUCACUUGUAGCUGAUUUCCUGAUAUUUUUGUACUGUCUUUCAUGUCCAACAAUAAACUCCACACACCCCAAUUGUUUUAAACAUUUUUGCUCAGAACUUGGGGAGCCAAAUAACCACCCGUGGUCCAAAUUUGGCCCACGGGCCGCCCGUUGGGGUACACUGGUUUAAUCUGUCUGCUUGUUUGUUUCUGGCUACUUUUUAUUGAAUGUUACGGUAGCUGUGCUGACAGUCAUACAUGAUGCUGUCAUGUCAAGGUCAGUGUUUUGUGUGAACAUGUUUUUUUCAUUUAAAAAAUCAUAACAUGAUCACGAAGAAGUGGGAAGUGUCUUUUUUUUUUUAACUAGUUUUUUGUAUAUAUACAAGCCAGUAUUUCCCUGUGUUUGCGUGUUGAAUGUAAAUCUGCUGUUGUUAAAUAUGAAUAAUAAUCCGUAGACUAAAUUGAUUGUAAACUGUCAGCUAUUUUAUAUCAAAGCAGUCAAUGUUAUUGCAGAACUGGUCAGAAAUGGCUUUUGUUGCUUUUGGUAACCUUCAUGUUUUUUAUUUAUAAGAGAGCCACUAUUAAAGUUGAUCUGCAAUGUUAUUUGGUUGUAGUCAUCCUGUUUUUCCUCACAUUAAACAUAUUAGAUUGA